AUAUUAUAUCUUGCAUUUCAUAGUACUAUACGAAUGCCAUUAGUACAACUGGGAUUUGCCAAAAUUAAAAGUUUAGAUUUAAGAUUUUGCUAUUACGAUACGCUUGCAGAAAUAGUGCUUCAUCAUAUGGUUCAGAAGGUUCACAACCAAGAAUUUUUCCUAAACACAUUGCACUGAUAGAUUUUGGUAGGGGUCGUGGAGAAUGGAAGUAUGAAAUUACAUUGAUGUGCGGGAUGUGCUUAAUGACGUAUAGAUUACGUUUAAUUAACAUGAUACGCUGUAGGACGAUACAUACGUAGUUACUGUCAUUUCUGUAAACGUUUAUAUGUGUUACGAGAAAACACUGGUUCCGCUUACUUUGGCAAUGAAGUACAAAGACAUCGUGAAAAGAUUCCACGCAUCCAGUCUGUCAAGAUGUGUGUAGAGCAAUGUAACCCUUUCCCCGGUUUGAAAUAUAUUAACUGAUGACCAGGAAGUUCACAUCGUUUAAUUACUAUCCAACGUAACUUCGUUCAUCGUGAAUUAUGUCAGUCUUACCCGAUGGACUGUCCAGUUUUACUGCCCCACUUUAUGGGGUGCAUGUGUCUUUGAAUGAAGCUUUCAUGGAAAGGAAAAUAAAUCAUAUAUGGCAGGUUCUGGAGGAAACAAACAAUAAUCUCAGUGCUUGUGACCAGUUGCUUGAACAUUAUUCAAGCAAAGUGCAUUUCAGUGAACGUCCUGAUUUGCAUGAUGUAUCAACCCAGACAUCAUUACCAUCAGAAAUGUCUAGCUCAACACAAACUUGUGUCCCGUCAUCAGUAGAUAUGGUAGCUCAGACAUUUUCACCCUAUUUGAACUCAUCAGUACAUAUGGCAAUGCAGAUGUCUUUUGACCAGAGUGAAGAUACAGACACAGGAAUGCAAACUUGUAUCCUCAAAGACAGUGCCAUACAGACAGAUUUUGAACAAGAAAUUCAAAAUGUGGGCCUGCAGACACAGAGUUGUGGAUGUUCACCAUUGAGUAUAGAGUUUGAAAAAAAUAGUGACAAAUGCUGGUCCCAGCACAGAGGAUGGAGGUUAUGUGAUAAACAUUAUAAAGCUUUCAAAUCAUGUGGCAAUUGUUUUGAGUUCAAUGAAUUGGAAGAUAAUAAGACUACACAGAUGACUGAAUGGAUAGAUACAAAGAUGUUUCAAGGGCACCAGAAGAUUGUGAAUUGCUUCUCAAGCCUGGAACAUCACUGCCAAGACAUGGGUGCGAGACUCAGUAUCAUAUUAUCACUGUUGGAGACCCUGACAAAAGACAUACAGUCCUCAGUAAGCCGAGUAUUCAACCAAGAUGCAAUGCAAGAAAAACAGCAGAAUAAAGAAAUGGGACCUAAAACCGAAGAAGUUCUGGCUAUAGAGAAACAGGCAGUGGAGGAGAUCCAGACUGGCUGUGGAUGCAGCAAAGACCAAGCAAUUCAGGAGAUGCGGGAGCUGAACAGACACCUAAUAGAAUUGGAGAAGAUGCUUGCUGCUGAACGCAAUAACAUGGUGCAUCUACACGAGAUUAGGGCACUACUAUCUGCACAGAUGCAUGCCACUAAGUGCGGUCUGAUGGAGGAACGAGUCAGCAAGGACUCACUAUCACAUAAAACAGCUCGCCUCAACCACCUGAAAGCACGACUGUCAUAUUCACGUGCCCACUACCGCUCUCAGCUGGCUGAUGCUCGUCAUAUGCUAGGCUCCCGAAAUGCCAAGGUGAACCAACUAAGGUCAGCUCUAGUCAAAGUCAAGGAUCUGUGUCACUCCAUUGAUAGCAGCUACCGGACAAUGCUGUCGGAAAUUGGGAACCAGGUCCAGCUGAUAGCAGAGAUGGUAGCAAGAAACUAUCACUUGGAGUGGUCACAGGGACCUAUAGUUGCUAUACCAACUGCAGCAGAUUUGAAAGAAUGGUACCAGCACAUAUGGCACACUACCAGAUGGAUCCAGUUGCAUAUUCCUUUACACCAACUGUGUGUACAACAGUCUUCUCUAGCUGAAGUCAAUCAACACAGCCGAACCAGCAGUGCACAUCCAAAUCUGACCUCCCUGCCCCUGUAUGAUGUGAAGACAGAUACGUCUAGUCCCCAUAUUGCUGAUAACAGUUCAGACUUCUCCUUUGACUUGGAGCUCAGGUUGGACAUGAGCAACACAAUGCAACCAACUGCUAUAUGUAGCACAGAUCUCGACAGCACAACAUGUUCCAGCCUCAGUCAGGACUUGAGUUGGCAACAUGAAGCAACACAAGACAGACACCAGAUGCAACACAGAUUUCUAACAAUCCUGGACAAUCUGAAAGAGAAGUUACUUCAGCUGAAACCCAGCAGCAUUCACUGACCUUAUGAUACAACAGUGAAGCAUCCUAUGAUACAAGUAUUAAGUUUGGUAAAUCAGAAACCAAUUAGGUAAUUUCAAAUGAUCUCCGAUAUUUUCUGCAAAUUAAAGAUGUAUUUCAGGGUUUUUCUCAUA